CAUGCCGGAGCGACCGCGCAGGGUGCGGGGCGCCGCCGCCUCGGGGCCCCGGGGGCAGCGGCGGGCCCCGCCGAGCCGCGCCGGACCGGGCCGCGCCAUGCCCGGCGGCGCGGCCCCAUGGAGCCAUGGCGCAUAGGGCGCCGAGCGGGCGGGCCCCGGCUGCGGCUCCGGCUCCGUCCCGGCGGCUGGCGCGGAGGGUCCUCGUCCUCUUCACGCUGUCGCUCUCCUGCUCCUACCUCUGCUACAGCCUCCUCUGCUGCUGCGGCGGCCCCGCCGCGCCCCGCGCCCGCUGCCCGCCCGCCCGCAGCGCCGCCGCCGCCAAGAAACUUCUGCAGAAGUCGCGGCCGUGCGGGCGGCCGCCCCCUGCCGAGCCCCCGGGCGGCGCCGCGCCAGCCCGCCGCCCGCGGGAGCCCCCCGCCCCGCCGGCCGGUAGCCCCCCGGGGCCGGCCCGCCCGGGAGCCAAGCGGCUGCCGCAGGCCAUCGUGGUGGGCGUCAAGAAGGGCGGCACCCGCGCCGUGCUGGAGUUCAUCCGGGUGCACCCCGACGUGCGAGCCCUGGGCACCGAGCCCCACUUCUUCGACAGGAACUACGACCGCGGGCUGGAGUGGUACAGGAGCCUGAUGCCGCGAACGCUCGACAGCCAGAUCACAGUGGAGAAGACCCCCAGCUACUUUGUCACCAAGGAGGCACCACGGCGGAUCUUCAACAUGUCCCGGGACACAAAGCUGAUCGUGGUGGUGAGGAACCCGGUCACCCGGGCCAUCUCGGACUACACGCAGACGCUCUCCAAGAAGCCAGACAUCCCCACCUUCGAGGGGCUGUCCUUCCGCAACCGCAGCCUGGGGCUGGUGGACACGUCCUGGAAUGCCAUCCGCAUUGGGAUGUACGCCGUGCACCUGGAGAGCUGGCUCCAGUACUUCCCCCUCUCCCAGAUCCACUUUGUCAGCGGGGAAAAGCUGAUCACGGACCCAGCCGGGGAGAUGGGCAAAGUCCAGGACUUCCUGGGCAUCAAACGGGUUAUCACGGACAAGCACUUCUACUUCAACAAGACAAAAGGCUUUCCUUGCCUGAAAAAGUCGGAGAGCAGCGGCUUGCCUCGCUGCCUGGGCAAGUCCAAAGGCAGGACUCAUGUACAGAUAGACCCUGAGGUGAUCGAGCAGCUUCGGGACUUUUAUAGACCUUAUAAUAUCAAAUUCUAUGAAACAGUUGGGCAAGACUUCAGGUGGGAAUAAGUGUCCGGGAGCAGAGCUGCAGUGACGUGAGGCUGCAGUCUUCCGUGAGGGGGCCCAGGGGGGCUGGAGCCAAGACCCCCUGGCCCAGCUUGUCCUGCCCAGAAUCCAUGAGCAGAGGCAGGCGAGGGGCUUCCCUGGCCCUUGGGAAGCCACAAUGCUCCAGGGCGAGCCAAGACAGGGGGAACACACAGAGUCCCGCCGCAGCCACUGAAGGAUGAGUGCCCAGCAGGCACUGCCCGUCCCAGCAGGUCAGCAGUGCCGUGGCUUGCUCCAUGGGGUCCCAUUUGCUUUUACUGCCACAUGGACACCAGGGCCACGGUGAUGGCCCCGUCCUGCAGCCUAUGUGCAGGCUGCUCCAAGGCACAUCCCUCCUCUGUGUCUCAGAGCAAACGGGCGCCCCCGGACGCCCCCGACCGUGGGCAGCGGCCUUGGGGCUGCCCCCGUGGGGCCACGUCCCACUGCGGUGCUGGGGCAGGCAGAGCUCCGGCCGCUCCGCUUUGCCUUUCGUCACUUAAGCGCAGUGUGUAACCACGAGGACAGUGAGAUGUAUCUGCUUGAAAAAGAAGUCUAUGAAAAAUGUUGUACCGAUAUUUUGUCCUGUGAAUAAAGCACAGAAUCCUGCUGUUACGGGUACUUUAGUGGCACUAGUUUCCUUGUUCAGCAUGUGAUCCCUUUGUGUAAAUA